AUGGCUUCUCAGCCUCCCUAUUUUGAUGCGACUGAAGAAAAGACGAACUUCACAAGAUUGGUUCGAUUGGUUAUCGAUGGAGGGACACGCGUUCUUAGAGACUUUCUUCAUUCUUUAUACCUAUCUGCAGUAUUGCCAACAGUGUUAAAGAAAAACGAAACCAUAUUUCAAAACCUGAAGUCAAAAGGCAGGAUUUUUGUUGACCAAUGGGAAAAGUUGUUUCCCCCUUCAGGCUCUCCCCCGGACGCUGAAACGUUUGACAUUACGCUUUUACAUUUGUUACUACGAGAAAUAUGCUAUUUGGUAGAGCCUGUCACGGGAUGGCACAACAUGCCUGCAGAUACAGACAGCAGUCGAGAAGCACAUAUCGUCCGAAUCAAGUGCUUCAGAAAUGAGCUGUGUCACAGUAUCUCUACAGCCAUUUCUAAUGACGAAUUUCAAACCAAAUGGACUUUUAUUUCUCGUUCUUUGGUUGCAUUAGGUCUUGAUAUGAAAGAAAUCGACCAACUUAAGACAGAACCCAUCGACCAUGACACUAAACGUCGUGUAGAGGAAGAAAUGAAGAGAUGGAAAGAUUUAGAGCCGAGAGUACUCUCUGUAGAGCAGAAAUUAGAACAAGUACAAAUGCAAUUGCAAAGCAUUAAUGUUCAAGAACCUCGUACUCCUGGUCUACGUAGCUGUCUUCCAGACGAGCUUCAAGAAGUGUUUGGUCGCUCAAAAGAUAUUCAAAAAGCCACAGAAGUUAUUCAUAAUGAAGCUGCCGCCGCUGUUAUGAUAACUGGUGCACCAGGAUUCGGGAAGACUACUGUAGCAAAUAAAGUGGCCUAUGAGCUUGAUAGACUGCAGCACGUUGUGUUUUAUUGUUCUCUACGAUCCAAGGCUUCUUUGAACGAAGUAGCUUCUUCAAUGAUUCUUGUCUGCAGUACAAACCAAUGUCAGCCGCCAGAGAAUCCCCAACACUGGCUUCUAAACUGGAGCAAACAACAGUUGGAUCUGAAGAUUACUUUUGUUCUUGACAAUGCGGAUGAUGCUCUUGAGUCUCAGGAGAGCCGUAGUCAGUUUGUAAGAAUGAUCUGCGAUAUGAGGAACUUAUCAAAACAAAAUAUCACUUUUGUAAUUACUUCUAGGAAAACAUUUAAUGCUGCUGGUUACCAUUUAGUAAUCGAAGAAAUAAGAUUAAGCAAUUUGUCUCAAGAUGAAGCAACUAAACUGCUGCUUUCAAAAUACAAGGCAGAAACAAGAAAGAAACUUUCACAGACAAAAAGGAUGGUGGAGUUAUGUGGCUGUGUUCCUCUCGCGCUUUGCAUUGUAGGUUCUCUACUUUCCGACUUCGAAGAAGAUACGCUGAUUAAUAGUCUUGAAAAGGAACUAUUAAAUGUUCUUCAGGACGAUGAAUUCUCCCUGGAAAACACAAUCAAGACCUCGUUUGAUCUCUUGGAGCCACAAGAACUGAAGGUACUUGCUUUACUUUCCGUAUUUCCGGGUUCCUUCGAUUUUGAUGCUGCUAAUUAUGUGACUGCAACAAUUAAUCAAUCUGCCGCGUCACAGACGAUGACGAUUCUUCGUUCCUUAAAAAACAGGUCCCUUUUAGAGCAACCCAGUUCUGGUAAAUUCCAAGUCCAUCAACUCAUUCAGGCAUUUGCAAGGAAGACUGAUGAAACUAACUAUCACCCGCGGGUAUUUGCUGACGUCGAGAAAGUAGCUUGUGCACAUUUCAUUUCACGUCUCGAUGAUGCUGCUCAACUGUACUGGAGCAAAGACAAAUGUAGAGAGUCCAUAGAGGCCUUUAACAGUGAAAGAUAUAACUUUGAAUACUUUCUGCAAGUCUAUGUUAAAACAAUGGCGGAACAUCCGUACCUCGAUCCCUUUCUUGAGAGCUGUACAAAGAAAUUUCUUGACCAAUUUCCACAAAAAUGUAUGUACCUGGAAAUGUGCCUUCCGCCAAGUUUUUAUAUAACCGUUCUAGAAACGCUUUUGACGCAUUUCAACAAGGGGAACCAACCAUUACACACGGUGGAACUUUCAUGCCUUCUUGCAAAUGAGCUGAGAAAGAUUGGCCGUCGUGUGGAUUAUAUCAACCUUAUGGAACAAGCUAAAUGUAUUUAUCAUUGGAAUUACACUGAAUUUAGAACAAAUGGGUUGUCUCAAGUUUUUUUCUUUAAUAGCUACGCCCGUCUUGUCUUUGAAAAACGAAUCAAAACGUUUAAAAAAAUGAGUAACAAAGUUUAUGAAAUAGCAUUAAUAUUGUGCGAUAAGAAGCUCUUGGGACAUCCUGAAAGAGCAGUGACUAAGUUACUUAUUGGUAAACACCGAAAGAGUAUCCCGCUACUUCAGGAAGCAACAGAGCUUUUGACACAAUGCCUAGGAGAACACUACAUGACUGCUCAAGGCCAUAAAGCUAUCGCUGACGUCUAUUUUGCACAUCGAGACACAGAAAAGGAGUUAAACAUGUCCUUGUAUCACUACAUGCUAGCUCUAGAAAUGAUGAAGAAAUGUGGCAUGAGCGGUCAGAAGGAGACCACAUUGACUCUUAAAAACUAUGCUAGUUGUCAGAGACGAAAAGGCAACUACGAGGAGGCAAUGAAAUACCUAGAGAAAGCAAAGCGGAUUGCUGAGAUUGAGUUGGAAGAUGAUCAUAGGUGGAAGGUAAUGAUUGACACUCAACUAGCUCUCUUGCACGAGGACUUUGGGUUUAUUGACAAAGCAAUAGAAGUCAUGAAAAACUCGCUGGAGAUGUGUUGCAGGUUAUACCUUUCAGUUGAUCACUUGGGGAACAGACACGACAUCUACCAUUUUUUGAAUUGUUAUCCAGAGGCUUAUCCGGAGAACUUAGUAGGUGACUUUUGAUCAACCUCUUUCCCAGGGUCCUCUCCUAACCUGGAAACGAGGUUGAAUUUUGAUGUGCACUUUUUUCAGCCUCGUACCCAGGCCAGUUCACGCUAUCCGAGUUACCAGAGGAGGCUUGGAACCAAGUGCGAUAGUCCUCGGCGAACUUUCCCGACAAGCUUGACAGGUGACGUCAUAUCCGAAAUCGCCGAGGACGACUGGGAACGAGGCUGCACUUUUUUGUGUGUUCUGAGGUUAACUUGGCCUGCGAAUACAGCCCGUCUCUCGAGACGUUUCUUUGGGCCAGUAGCAGCGACGGGAGAAGCCUGUAUUCGCAGGCUUGAAGUUACGGUUAAUCUAAGGCUUCCCUUUUUGCUUUUUUGCUCUGUUUUCCUUUCUCAUUUAGUUUGUUUUACAGUUUGCGUCCGAUAGAAAGAAAAUCACUGUCCAAGCCGAUAAAAUAUUAUUCGAUUCUUCUUUUUAGGAGAGAGCCUUGUCACAUUUUUAUGUUUUAUUGUUAUUUUCAUGGGAAAUAAAACUUAAUUAAUUACAGCCGUCGAACCUCCACUAACGGCCACUUCUCUACAUGGGUUCCUGCCACUUUCUCUUCUGUCCUCAAUGUGGCCGUUUUAGAACUGGGUUCAGCUGUAUGUGUUGCGCUUAUCGGGGCUGUCACCAACAUUCAGUUUUUAAACCACACAGGUUGUUGAACUACGGAAUCAAGACAUCUAAUAAUGGUUUCAAACAAGUUUGUAAAAUUGUCAGACCACCUCUUUUUGGAGACAGAAGACCUCCUUUUUUGUCUUGUUCAAGUACGUUUGAGUUGUACACUCAAAAAAAUCAAAUUAUUUUUUUAAAGCUGCGCGGACAAUUGUGAAUUCAAGUGAGAAAACUGGGGAGUUUAUGUCAUUUAACGAAAGCUGGUGUCAAUUAAUCAAAAACUCGGCCAGUCUACUAUAUAUGUCUUUUUUGUUGUGUUUCCUUUUUUUUUUCAUGUAUGAUCAGACUGAUAAUGAUCAAAGGUGAAUAAAGUUUUGAAAAGCAGUGUUCGCCUCAUCUUCUCUUUUAUGAUGCGAAAAACAGACUUGUGCUUAUCUCUGGUUUUCUUACAAGAGCUUAGUCUUUUCCCUUAUUCCCAACAUAUCCUGUUCACAGGCUAGAGAAACAGCUUGGUUAAUGAUUCACGCCAAUGCUCGGCCAUUGAGCACAAAACCGGUAAACAAAUUUAUGGUAAUAAUGCUCAAACUGGCUUACGGUUACCGCAGAAACCAAUACAAAUUUCUCAGUAUAUGUAGAUUUUAUUCCAUUUCUUUCUUUUUUUGGUGGUGCAUUGUUUAAUUUUUUCUCCCACCUGUUUUUAGCUCUCCUUAAACAAUAACGGGAAAGAAAACAAAGCAUAGAAAAGUUGGGUUCAGUGUGUUGGAUUUCCCAACACGGUUUUUAAAAUGCGGGAAACGUGUGGGUGUUAUUGGUUUGUUAAUUACGCUCCUAAGGCGAAUCUUUGCUGACGUCAUUGUUUACAUUUUUCCUUUUUCUCCCACCUGUUUUAAAGCAAAAGUCGAAAGAGCCGAUAAAACAAUUUAACAGGGCAAUAUUGAAGGAAAUAUCAAAAUCAAAAAGCGAAUAGCAAAAAGUUAAUGAGCCAUACAUUCUCUGUAAAAUUUUGAGUUUUUAAAAGAGAAUUUCUCCGAAACCAUUCGGUGUAUUGGGCUCAAAUUUUCAGAGAUAACUGAAACUGUUAUGCCCUUUAAAUAUUCAGAGUUUUUAUUUUAUUAGCGUCAUAAGAAAGUGAAAAGCAUAUGUUAAUGAGGCAAAAAGUGUAAACAAAGAUUCGCCCAGAAACUGGCCCUCUUAAAUCACUUCAGCUUAAACUGUUUUCAACUGAAACUCUCGUAUUCUUCCUCUUUCAUGCGACGUUUAACAGAGUAGGCCGACUCGACUCCUAGUGGGAGUUGUAGGUUCGGUCAUGAUUAUAACUUGAUAUAAUUCAGCAUUAAAUCAGCGCCACGUGUACAUUGGUACCAAGAUCUUUAUUGUUCAAAAUUCAACCAAUAGAAGGCCUUACGGUCCGGAUAUGAAUCUCAAGAGCCAAUAAGAACAGAGUGUAGUUUGUUUUGACGCGCGAAAUUCUGCGGGGAAGGUGAUCGCAACUAAACAGCUGAUCUAUUCAAACAAAAGUGAUUAACAUGUUUCUUAGCGUAUUCAAAGCGCUGCCACAUUGGCGGUGUUACUCGAACGACGGUUAAGAUUUUACAUUUUUACGAUGAUCUCACAUUUUAUACUCCAUCUGAUUCCCGUUGAAGGAGAGAGUCGUGAUUUUCAAAGGCCACUGGGAACACUUUUAUUUCACCGUGUGUUGUGUUUCGUAUUCGGCGUGACGCGAAUUCAUAAUAUACACUGAAUUCGUAGUUAGUCUUUUGCAGGGGGAUUUACUGGCAGGAAAUAUUUCACAAAAUUGAAGUUUGCUGGAUUUGACUCGAGAAAAUGUCAACUCUCUGAAGUCUAGCCUUAAAUCAAUAUUUUGAUGUUUUUAGGAAUUAACUUAAAUCGUGGAAAGACUACUUACUAACUACGGAAACCGAAAGAGAGUUUAAAUACAAAUGCUUUUAAUCUGAUCUCAGAGAAAGAGAUACAACUGCAGCAAUUCACCCUGAAGUAACGACGAACAUAUGUUCUAUUAAAACAAGACAUAGUAGAAGAACUCUGAGUAGUGAUGGAUCAAUCAAAGAAACCUCGCAAAACGCGUUCACGUUCUUCUUCUUCGCGCGCGAAAAGCUCGAACGCGGAGUCGCGCUUUGGUAUACGCUAUCUGCAUCAUCACAUGUUUACUGGAGACACUUCUCCCGAGGCCGAAAAACUUUGCCCUCACGAGUGCAAAUGUGGUACAUCUAUGUCUUCGCUUUAUAGUGGAAAAACACUCGUUUUACUAACGCUCUCCAUUCUCAUUCUUCUGAUUGGCGUCACAUUUAUGCUUGUUGGGUACUUGAUUCCUCGAAGAUCCGUCGUUUACCUAGAGAAAAGCGAUGGCUCUCGCACAGUUGUUGAUCCUACCGCCAUUACCUUUAACACCAUGUUGGAUGAUUUUACAUUAGUAGGAACAGCUCUUGUACCACUUGGAGCUUUAAUGUUUUGUGUCAUACUUAUAAUUCCAGUUUGCCGAUCCUCACCAAGCCACAAGAAAGGACAAUAUGUGAAAGCUCCGACUGAUGAAUAUUCAACGGCGAGCUUAGUGACGAAAACAAAAACACCGCAGAAAAAUGCGUCGAUGGCCUCAGAGGACACUCGAUCAUUGAGUAGCGCUUCAUCUUCGACGAUCCAAAAAAUCCCAGUUCUCGCACUUGUACACAAUGUACAACCUGAGCCAAAAGCGGAAAGCGUAGCUGGCUCUUCGGGAAAAACAGGAGAAUUCAGGAAGAAAACUGGAAAAUGGAAAAAUUCAUUUGAUGAAGAGGAAGAGGAAUAAUUUACAAUUAUUAUUGAAAACAAACUAAAGCAAAGCGUAUAGGUUUUUCAAAUUAUCAGAAGCAUUCAGUUUUUUCCAUAUAAUUUGCGAGGCUACCAGUUCAUAUUUUAUUUUAAUUUAUUUUAUUUUACUAAUUCGCCUCUUAACACUGUUCAGUGGAAUCGAACGGUCGCCGAUUUUAUCGCAAAUUAUGGUUGGAUAUUUUUUAUACAAAAUAAUUAAUGCAAAAAACGAAAAUUAGAUAUCUAAACAUCCGCAAAAGAAAUGAACUGAUGGUUAAAAAUAGGAAACGGAGGCUAAGAAGUGUCAUUCUAUUUAUUCUUGAAAAUGAAACCGUCCUUUAUAGCGGAAACUCAAAUAUUAGGGCAAUUAAAUUAUUCAUAAAGCUUGUCUCGUCUGAUUUUUUUGACGAAUUAUAUAUGGAAACCGUUUGGAUUAAACAGCUGCUUUUCUGUAGAGAUUGCCGAAGAAAUCAAACGUCGAUAUUGAACGUUGAAUACUGAAGGAAGGCCCAAAUAAGCUAUUAAAAGGCGACGAGAAUUCUGCUUGAGUUGUCUGGCCUAUCGGUCGAAUAAAAAUCUUCAGCAGUUGACCUGGGCGUAAGACGAAUUUAAAACUGUCAAAUUUUCAUAACAGUUGUCUUGAUUACAAUGUAAGCAAGUGACCUUUCCAUAAUGAAAGACUUUUUAGCGUGACUAUAGACCCCUUAGGAACCUUUUUUUUAGGAAAACUGGGGAUCAUCAAAGACCACACCACAGCGAAUGUCUCAUUCAUGGGAUGAUAAUCGUGAAAAAAGUUUCAAUACAUUUUCUUGUAAACCAUUGACGAAUCAAAAUUCUAAGCAGACUGAGGCCCUGGAGCCAAAAACUGUAAUUUUCAACUUUCCUCAAGAGCCAUAUUUCCAGCGAUUUUUGACUCCUAUUGUUUCCAUGGAGCUCAACCAAUCAUAAAUCGGCUCUGCUGAUGUUCAGUAACAUCGCGUGUGGCACGCGGCUGAGUCUGCAGGGAUCGUUCCUCAGUAAUUCAUUCCAAAGUAGCAGUCUUCAGGACCCAUUACAUAUUUUUAAUUCUGAGCAUAAUAACAUGCACAUGAAAGUGAUCCUAUAAAGGACAAAUAGCAAAAAUGAAGGCUGGAGAUCAACCGGCAAGUUUAUUUCAUCCGUUCUUAAAUUCAUUCGGUACAAUUACAUCAGCUGGCUAAAAAAGAAGUUUUCAGCGCCUUAAUUUGCAGUUUUCAAAAAGAGAAACGAAGGCUACGUCAACUUGAACUUUUUCUCGUGACUGAGCUUCUUGAUGAUUUGGGAUGCUUGCGUCAAGAGUAAACAAGAAACAGAUAUUAUGUAACCCUAGCUACUAACUGGUGUCCAACACACAUGACUUGGAAAUCGCUUCCCGACGUUCACCACGGGCAUCCCAUCGUGGGUGAGUGUCAAAUCUACUUAGGGGACGGGGGACGGUUUCCGAGAAAGCGAGAGAAAUAGCCUCCCUUCCCCUAAUAACAAUAAUAAUAAUAAUAUUACUAAUUUAUAUGGUGCUAUUCAGCUACUCUUUCAUAGCGCUUUACAAUGAUCAGGUUAACGUAGAACCUAAAAGCUAAAAAAUAUAAUAAAAUACCGAGAUAAAUUAGUUACAAUGCUUAAAAAAUAUAUAUACAUUAUACAAAAAAUGAAAGUUCAAAAUCUAAGGUCUAAAAAUACUAAGAUAAAAUUACAGAUAAUGAAAGAAAAAAAAAGUGUAUUAAAAAUAAAAGUUAAAAACCAUAGGCUUCUUUAAAAAGAUAAGUCUUCAAAUGUCUUUUAAAAAUAGCGAUUGAUGGAGAUUUACGAAUGCUAAGAGGCAAGGUAUUCCAUUGCCUUGACGCAGCAAUGCUGAACGCCCGAUCUCCAUAAGUCUUUAGUUUAGCCAGUGGCACAGUGAGCAGUUCUUGUUCCUCCCCUACCGCUACAAACCCCGACGCCCGCACCCUCGGUACUAUAUAUACUAAGAUGGCCGCCCAACCUGUAAGCGCUCGGUCCUCACGCUCGUACGAAAAAGUCUCUAAGGAUUUAGUGAAAGCGAUGGUUAGAAAAUUGGAGAAGGGUUGGAGAGCAUCACCGUACAGCUGAGUCCAGCAGCGACCCUCAAUAAAAAUUAUUUAACCAUACAUAAUCAACAACAACGUGAAUGCCCGAGUUUCUGACUCGACGCUUAUCGGCCACCGUCAGGGAAUCAUACGAUAUUACUUCUCGAAUGAAUCCCUCAUUUUGAUUUCCCCAAUUUAGUCACGACCAAGUUACCUUUUUCAGAUCUUCCCCGCUCGACGAAACGCUUUCUCUGACUUCUCUGACCGCUUCCCGCUAUAUUUUCUAGUUGAUCGCUUUAAACCCGCUUUCUGGUGCGUAUUAAAGGCUCGGGCUAAAGUUGAAACGACAAGAACAUGAUCUUUCCUCUUUGAAAAACCAAACCUGGAUGGGUUGACUAGAGAGCUAGUACUAUCGGCAAUAUCGACCAAGUCAUGGCUCUGCUACUUCCAAAACAUCAUCUCUACAUAAAUAGCUUAAAAUUAUGAAUUCCAAUUGGCGGUAAAACCAUUUGGUUACUGAUUUGGUAAAUACAGCGUACGAGAUUACGUUUUUUUGGCAAGCGAGGGUCUAAAGACUGAAGAUGCUUUUCCCGACGAACGCGCCAUUUUCAUGCCUGCUUUGAAAGGUCGCGCGAGAUCGCAUUGUGAUACAAAUUAGCAUCUGUCUUUCGUUUCGUCUUCGAUCGGUAACGCAAAGUACACAAGUCAUGACAGAUUGACGGCUAUUGCACCUUGCACCUUGCACCUAUCUCGUAGUCAGUGAUCGUUCGGGCGCCACGGAUAUAGCAACCCUUUCUCUUUAUUUGUUUUCAGCUACUCUUAGGGCGUUACAAAACUUCAACACUGUUCACUCAGAGACGUUAUUCAGUUCUCCCAACGCUCCUUUUGUCUCCCCCGUCAUCUCCCUCCUUGCACUGUUUCUUGUAAAAUUGUCUUGGCAAGCCCCGAUGAUCUUGAUACCUGCCCAAACCACUUUAACUUGUGUUUCUUUACUGUGGUUAACAUAUCAUCAUAGGGCCCAAUGUCUGUCUCUGACUGCAUCGUUAGUUAUGUGAUCUCUGUAUGAGAUGCCAAGCAAUUUCCUAACGCAUCUCAUCUCAGUGGCCUGCAAUUUCUUGAGGAUGUCCGCUGUCAAUGUCCAGGUUUCGCAGGCGUACAACAGUACUGAGCGCAUUAGUCUGAAUCCUAAAUAGGUUUUUACAAGGACACCAGAAAUCGGAACUUCCUCCCUGUGGUGAAUUUCAAAGUCGUAUGAAUCUCGUCAUGACGUGAACCGUAUCAAGACAAUAUGGAGCGAUAUCAAGUAUCCCCGUCAAAAAAAGGCGGCUUAAAAGUCAUUUGAUCUAAAGAAGACAAAAUUAGAAUGUUUCUGAGAAACAUUGCUUCGUAUUUCGUGGAAUCGGCCACCUACAGCUACUUGAGGCCAAAUUAACAAAACAAAAUGAAGAAUACGGAAUCAAUAUAGGCAUUGCAAAAGAAAGGACCAAAGUAAACCAGUCUAAUAACGAAAAAUACUUAAUAUACGAGACAAAAGAUAAAACGUAGGACAAGUUAUACAUAUCUAUACAUCAUCAUUUAAAAAUAGAAAGAGGAUCGUUUUCAAAGAGCUAGAUUUGUACCCGUCAUUAUGAUUGGCUGGCCUCUGGACAUGAAUUGGCCCUCCGAUCCCCAAACCCGGAAACAAAAAUUUCCUAGAAACGGUACUCAGCUAGAAAAAAGUUUCCGAGAAGGGAACAGCGAUAGUUUAACGCUUAAUCAGCGCUUUGAGCCGACCCAUUUUUUGUCGAGUCUGAACCGGCAGCACAUAAAUCAAGAGCACAAAACCCUAAGAAAUCGGCACCGCUGUAAAACUUUCCGCAUCUUUUUUUUUACAGGUAUCACAUCUAGCUGUUUACAGCUGUGUUUAGCUGCGUUCAGGAUAAAAGCAAUUUACAGCUUCGAAGAAUCGCCUCGCAGACUCAAGAAUCAAACGGGCCCGUUCAGUUGUCAAAGGUUUCUCGUUAAAAUGUAACCGUUUCGAAAGAAGGUUGAAUUUUCUCCGCUUGGCCAGCUUAGUAUCGCCCUGAAAAUCGACUACAACAAUGGCGACAGGUUCGUCUUCGUCUUGCUCAUCUGUUUUUGACACUUCAAAAGAAAAGACAAAUGGCACAAGACUAGGAAGAUUACUCAUUGAUGGUGGAACUGACGUUCUAAGAAAGUUUCUCGAUUCUGUUUAUCCUAAGCCACAAUCACUCGCCGAUGAGUUAAAGAAUAACUAUGCAAGGUUUAAAACUCUCAGGUCAAGACGAGUAAUAUUCGAUCAGCAGUGGGAUAAGUUAUUUCCGCCCUCAGGUGAUCCGCCGGAUCCUAACACAUUUGAUCUAACGCUUUUACAUUUGUUGAUCCGAGAAGUUUGUUAUCUACCUGCGCCUUUAAAUGGCUGGCACAAAAUGCCUCCUGAAGACGAUGAAAGCUUAGAGGCAAAUAUCACCAGAAUUAAAUUCUUCAGAAAUGACUUGUGUCACAGUGUGUCAACUGGCAUUCCUAACGACGGGUUCGAAGACAAGUGGAAUAAGAUAGUUUCUUCAUUGGAGGACAAUUGAAAUUGGCGUAUACCGAAAGAAUAUUGAGAGGCUAAAAAAUGACAGUAUUGACCAUGAAACUCGUAAGCUCGUGGAGGAAGAAAUCAAGCAGUGGCAAAAUGUGCAAGAGCUUGAUACGCUUGAAGCCGUGUCUCGACUCCAGAGCUGCCUUCCAGAUGUUGUACCCAGGGAGCACAUGUUUGGUCGUUCUCAAGAGUUAAAGCUUGUCGGAGACAACAUCGAAAGCGAAACAGUUGCUAUGGUGUUAAUAACUGGGGGACCAGGAUUUGGUAAAACUGCUCUAGCUAAAGAAGUCGCUCACGAUUUAGCAGCGAAAUUUGAAAGAAGAUGUGUGUUGUUUUGCCGCUUACUGUCAAGAAAAACCUUCAACGAAGUAGCCAGUGAAAUGAUUCUGAUGGCUCACUCAUGUGAAAGCUACAAGACCCUAACACAGCUGCCAGAAAAUCCGGAACAGUGGCUCAAGGAAUGGAGCAAGCAGAUUCAAAUGCGAGUCACGUUUGUUCUGGACAAUGUAGAUGGUGUACUCGAAUCUGGAGAAAGAAAGAAGUUCUUGGAAAUCUUGACUUUGAUAAGAGAAUUAUCGCACAAGAAAGUCACUUUUGUGGUCACUUCUAGAAACCAAUUUGAAGAUCCAGACCUGUCAAUGGAAAUCGUUAGACUGAGCCCUUUAUCACCCAACCAGGCAAAGAACGUCCUUCUCUCUCGUGUGAACGAUGAAGGUGUUCGAAGGAAGCUUUCUAGGACUGACGAAAUAGUUGAGCUGUGUGGUUAUGUUCCUUUACCGCUGUGCAUUGUUGGUUCACUUCUGUCAGACUAUACCGAGGAGAAACUGAUAGAAAACCUUAAGAAGAAGCCUAUGGCAGUUCUCGAUGAUGAUAACAAAUCUGUCCGAAUGGCAAUCAAAACGUCUUUCGACCUUUUAAGUAAAGAUAAACAAGACUCCUUGGUUCUGAUGUCCGUUUUUCCCGGGUCAUUUAUUUGUGAUGCUGCCGAAGCCGUGAUAUUGAAAGUAUGUCAGGAGUCUGGAGCUUUGCCUUUUUCCGUAUUGCGCUCCUUGAAGAACAGAUCUCUUGUCGAGACUCCAAGUGCCCGCAGAUAUCAGCUGCAUCCACUAAUCCGUGCCUUUGCGAGCAAAAUCAAUCGACCUGGUGAUUCUCAACUUUUAGCGGCAGGGAGAAAACUGGCUUGUGUUCUCUUUAUGUCUCUUCUCAAUAAAAAUGCGAAGAUGUUCUGGAGCAAGGACAACUGCAAAGCAUCCAUUGAGUCUUUCAAUGAGGACAGGGAAAACUUUGAGUAUUUCCUUGAUUUCUUCUGCAAGGAAAUGAUGAACGACGAUCCAGAGAUUGAAAAUAGCUCCCAAAGGUUUCUUGAAGAUUUUUCCCAGAAGUGCAUGUAUCUAGAAAAAUGUGUCCGGCCGACUUUCUAUGUUCAAAUAUUGAAAAAGAUGCUAGAAUCGUUUGAUAGAGAGGCCCAGCCCGUUCACGUUGUUGAACUUUUGUGUCUUCUUGGGCAUGAAAUGAGAAAAGUGGGAGAAAAGAGUAAAUACAAUGAUCACAUGGAAGAUGCCCAGAAACUUUACAAGAAGAAUGCUUCUGAAUUUGAGAAAAAGCCGCUCUCACAAGUAAUGUAUCUUCACAGUCAUGCCCGAUUCCUUUCUGAAAAAAAGUUAUUCAAAGAUCCCGAACCAAAAAAGGCAUACGACGCCGCUUUGGAUAUCUGUAAGAAACAUAUACCUGACCACCCUGAAGCGGCUGCUACCUUACUGUUUGCUGGAAGGAACGAAACACGAAGCAAAAACAUUAAAGAAGCAGAGAAAAUUCUUUUUAAAGCAUUAGACCGCUUCAAAACGAAACUUGGGGACCAUUUUAUGACGGCUCAGUGCCUUAAGGACAUUGCAGACUUUCUUCUCUUUACUAGACCUGACUUGGAUAAAACUCCGCUUGAGUUCUACAAAAUGGCAAUGGAAAUGAUGGCGAGACUAGGAAUGAGUGAGAAAAAAGAAAGCAUCUUAUUGCUAAAAAAUUAUGGAAUUUGCCAUAUGAGGAAAGAUAAUUUUGAAGAAGCAAAAAUACUACUCCAAAGAGCUGAAAACGUUGCUGAGAAAGAAUUGGAGGAAGAACAUAUGUGGAAAGUCAUGGUGAAGACUCAACAGGCCAUUUUACACUACAAAAUGGAAAGUAUUGAGGAAAUGGAAACAGCGAUGAAGGAGGGACUAGAGAUGUGUUACAGAAUUACAGAAAAACGUUCUUUUAAGCGACUGAAAAACAGAAAUGUCAUUUGUGAGGUUCUAAAUCGUUAUCCUGAGCGAUUUCCACAGGAGGAAUACCCACGUUAA